AUGUCUCAGAGAAUUGGUCAUUCCGUCCUGGCCCUCACUAAGGUUUGGCAUCACGUCGAUGUCGCCACUGAAGAAAGAACAUUAGGUCGUUUGGCAGCCUCCAUAGCCCAAACCUUGAUUGGUAAGCACAAGCCAACUUACUCUCCUAAUAGAGAUCACGGUGAUUAUGUCGUCGUCACUAAUUGUUCUCAUUUGUACGUCACCGGUAAGAAAAUGCAACAGAAACACUACUGGUCCCACACUUCACGUCCGGGCUCCUUAAACUUGAUAUCGAUGGAAAGAAUGGUUGCUAAUAAAGGGUAUGGUGAAAUCUUACGAAGAGCAGUCAAAGGUAUGAUUCCAAAGAACAAACAUAGACUCGUCAGAAUGGACAGACUAAAAGUAUACGACGGUGAUGAGCAUCCUUACAAGGACAACUUGAUUGCGUUUGCUGACGAAGUUCCUGAAAUGUUGGCCAAGGCAAAGAAGUUGGAAGAAAAUGAAGCCACCAGAGCCGAACUCAGAAAGAAAUACCUUGGUCAAUAA